AUGCUUUCGUGUUGUGAAGCACUUCGGAAUCGACAGCACUGCCAAAUCUGGAUUCGUCACCAGGUUAUAAAGCAGCUUUCGCCCAAUAGUCUUGCACAGAACCAUAACUAUCCCCGAUCGGCCGCUUCCUUCUCUGUCAGAAUGUCCGACGAACACACCUACAAGUUUGAUGUGAAGAUGACCUGUUCCGGCUGCUCUGGCGCCAUUACCCGUGUCCUGGAGAAGGCCAAAAACGACGGCACCUCUGGAGUCUCUUCUUACGACGUCAGCCUGGAGAAUCAGGAGGUUCUCGUCACCGGAACGAUUCUCUAUGAUGAUCUCCUGGAGAAGAUUAAGAAGACUGGAAAAGAGGUUCGCUCUGGCGUCACUGUGUCUUGA